AGCAGAACUAAGGCUGAGCCCAGAUCGCGUGCGGGCUUCGCCUGGCUCCGGGAAUGCGAAGCGAUGGCAUCGUCGGCAAGCGAGGAGAAAGCCUUCCGGAGGUUCCUGGAGCUCCUGCUGCGGGAAUUCCGAGGGCCCUUCGGCGAGGACGACCCGCUGCCACUCCGGCCUGUCUCGAACCACAUCACCGAGGAUGAGGUGGAGGGAGAGUGCCUGGAUCUGUGUCUCCAGCAUCUCUGCAGAUAUAAUGCCCCCUUCUCAUUGGCUGCAGCACUGGCAAGGGCAACAACAAAUGAAAUCCUUCAGAGUGACCUUUCUGUUCUCCAUUAUGUGCCAAGUCUCCUGGAUGGCACAGAUGGGAUUACACAGUUUGACUCAACAAAGCUGGCCCGAAUGGUGUUCACCAAGCUCCACGAGGUCUGCUGCAGCUGGGUGAAGGAUUUGCCUUUGACGAGAAGGACACAUCCCUACUUCGAAACAUCAAUUCAUGCCAUCAAAAAUAUGCGAAGGAAGAUGGAGGACAAACACGUUUGUCUGCCUGAUUUCAAUACUCUCUUUAAUCUGGAGGACCAGGAAGAACAGUCGUUUUUUGCUGUAUUUGAUGGGCAUGGAGGGGUAGACGCCGCGAUUUAUGCCUCUAUCCACCUUCAUGUGAACCUGGCUCGACAGGAGAUCUUCCAGCACGACCCCGCUGAGGCCUUGUGUCGUGCCUUUCGCCUCACAGAUGAGCGAUUUGUACAGAAGGCUGCCAGAGAGAACCUGCGAUGUGGCUCAACUGGGGUGGUGACCUUCAUGCGGGGAAACAUGCUGCACGUGGCCUGGCUUGGGGACUCCCAGGUAAUGCUGGUCCGAAGAGGCCAGGUGGUGGAACUGAUGAAACCCCACAAACCUGACAGAGAGGAUGAAAAACAGAGGAUUGAGGCACUCGGAGGGUGUGUGGUCUGGUUCGGGGCCUGGAGAGUUAAUGGAAGCCUUUCUGUCUCCAGAGCAAUUGGGGAUGCUGAGCACAAGCCAUACAUCUGCGGUGAAGCAGACAGCGACUCGACCAUGCUGGACGGGACUGAAGACUACCUCAUCCUCGCCUGCGACGGCUUCUACGAUACCAUGGAGCCGGAGGAAGCUGUCAAGGUGGUGGCUGACCACCUGAAGGAGAACAACGGUGACAGCAGCAUGGUGGCCCACAAGUUGGUGGCGUCGGCUCGAGACGCCGGUUCCAGUGACAACAUCACUGUCAUCGUGGUCUUCCUUCGGGACCUGAACGCGCCAGUCGAGGAGGAGGAGGCCAACGGGGACUCCAAGUGGUCGGGCAACUCCUUCGAUGGAGCCCAGGGCGAUGGCGGGGAUGAUAAAGAGAACCAGGGUGACUUCCAAGGCCCCCGGACCCAGCAUCCAUACGGGGCUGGCUCAGAGCUGGCCCAAGAUACUCGUGAGGAUUCGCUCACCGACAGAACUAGUCUGACUCUAGGCCCUCAGGUCGUCCUCCUUUGCGACCAAGGUUUCCAAGGCCACCAAGCGCUGGAAGCCAGUGCCAAGGAUCCUCCUCUGCCACAGCGUAGACCGAAGAGGCCUGAUCCACCCAGCGUGGAACUGCCGCUUUCAACCUUGCAGGAAUGCAGGGACUUUGAGCUGGAUGAGGCCUGGUGUCGGAAGCCGUCACUUGCGGGCCAGAUCAGAAGCUGGAGCAGCAGGGCGGAGAGGCUGGCUCCCCUCUGUCCUGCCACCGAGGAAGCCCCCAUUGGAGCCCACAGGACCUCCUGCGCAAUAAAUCAGCACGGACAGCAGACAGCCGCAUCGCCACAGCGCAGCACGCCGCUCCCCGCUCGAAGGCACAGUAGCAAAACCAGUGCCGGCCCGAGCAGUCGGAAUCGCAGGGGGGUGACACACAGGGAGCCACAGCAGAGAAAAGUGGGCAGUAUACGUCACUCAGGGUGGCCUGGCAUCAGCUGGCACCGGCAGAUGCCAACCAGUUUACGUAGUGUCUGUCUACUGCAGCAGUAACACUUACAUGUAGUUCCACCAUUACUAGACUGGAGUAUUCAACACCGUGCCCCCUUCUCCUAGACAGUCCUUGCUUCACUAGCUUACUGACAGUUCAAAUAAAUAGUCAGCAUGCUAUCUUGUAUUCCAGUCUAAGAGUAGCUGAAGCCUCAGGCAGUCCCAAAAGAGAGUUUCAUCUGUUUUUCCUAGACUGAGCUGGCUUCACCGUGGUGGCUUUUGUGACUAAGGACACCCCUCAACUGCACGGAAUCCCCUUACCGAUACUGACCGGGUGGUAGGGGUACGGGCAGGUUGGAUCAGGAUGUGAAGCAGAAAACAUUUGUGUAGUGUCCUCAUUCACCCGUUGCCUAGCUAUGUUAAAUACACACUUACACACCAGGCAAGAAGUCCCCUUUCCACUCUUGGGAUGGGAGCCAUCCGUAGCAAUGCUGACCAUUUAUAAGCUCCCCCCCCCCCCCCCCCACCUUGUUUCCCCCAGAAGGUUGGGGGGGGGCGCGGUAUUUGAACUGCUGGUCUGAUUCAACAUGCUGGGCCACCUCAGAGGCCAGUUAAGAACCAGCCACAUUGGCGUUGGACUGGAGUCACAUUGAGGCCGUUUACCAUGUUUUCUUCCUUAAGGGAAACAAAAUAGUUAGGAUUUUGUGGCUCACAUUCACAGACUAAUCUCCCGAGCUGACUGCAAAUUCUCAAAUUGCCCAUGGUGAGAUUAGAACGUGCGUUCUUUGGAUUAUCGGUCUGGUAACAUAACCACUAUAGACACUACUCAACUUUUAACAUUUUUCUCCCACCCCAAGAAUGCCCUCCCUUGGGCUCAGUUUCAUUUUUCUAUGGACUAUCUCCAGCUGGUCUGGUGAGUGACUCUCACAUGACUAUUCCCCCAUUCCCCAAUUCCCCAGGCCUUCCCAGAACUGGGAAGCCCAAAAAGACCCCAACUCAGAUAUUCCCUCCUUCUAAAAUUUAGUCACAAAGUGGGAAAUACUGGCCUGAGGGAAGUGAUCCAGUUGUGAAAGGGGAGGUGGAAUGGUGAAUUAGUGUGGCAGUGAAUAUCUCUCAAUCUGUAUAACUCAAGGAAAUACAGUACUCAAAACACUGUUAGCAUUCAAUAGUGAAAAGUAUUUAAAUGUCUCUUGCUGUAGAAUUCAUUUGAAACUAAUCAAAUCCAUUUUCAAACUAAUUAGUCUCACAUCCAUAAAAGGCUUUUCCUAACGGAUUCUGUAAUAGUUACACAUUGAAUAGUUGUCCUGUUAUUAUACAGUAAUAAACUAGUUUACAAAUCAGGCCAGUUCACUCCAAAUACCAAUAGUAGCAACCCUAUCAAACCAAUGAGUUCACUGCAAGCUAGUCGAAAUUUAUAACAUAUCUCCUCAACAAACUAAAGUAAUUCUGUAACAUGUAUGAUGCGUUAGUAGUUCCUGAUUGGAGUAUAUACCUGUACUGGUACCUGUACAAGUCUAAUUAUUAACUGUGCUAAUCCACUGUUCAUCUGCAAUGGAACAUGUGCCACUUCCUGUAGCAGCCCAACUGUAAUCAAUGUACCAGCACUGGUAGCGUGGUCUAACUGUAUCACUUCACCUGUAUUUAUAAUCUGUAGUAAUCCAGCCAUUCAACUGAGCAAGUACUGGUCCAACUGUGCAUCUAUCUGGCAUUUGUGGUCUGAAUGUAGUCCACAACAGUAUUGAUGCCUACAACAGUCCAAUGAUAUACCUGUACAGGUACCCAUGAUGGUCUGACACUACUUGUUUGUAUUCCUGUGCUGGUAUCUGUAGCAGUCUGAUUACAGAAGUAUCUGCAGGUACUGACUGUACACCUGGAGCAGCUCGACUGUAUUGCUCUGACUGCAUACUUGUUCUGGUGCCUGUUGUUGUACAGGGACUAAUUAUACCUGUACCAGUGUGACUGCACACCUGCAUUUGGGCCUGUAACAGUUUGACUGCACUACUCCAAAUGCAACGUUACCUGUAGUUGUGCAGGUACUGACUACACUUGUAGCAGUUUGAUAGUACAGUUCUGUUCGUGUGUACUAGUUCCACACUCUAGAGCAAUCUUGUUUUGUAACAUGCAGUGUUUAAAUGAAUGCAGCUGGUGGUAGCAAGUAGUCUUUAACUUGGUUUGAAUUUCUGUGCCCUUAUUUGCUGCUUGCUCAAGUAACAAACUCUCCUCCAAUCAUUAUCAAUAUUUCAUGUUGAGUAUCUUGUAAUUUUUAAUGGUAUUUCUGGUGAUUAUAAUGUAAAAAUUAUAUAUAUAUAUAUAAAAAAUAAUCAAAACUCAACAACUUCAAGAGGUGACUAUUGUAAUUAUCUGUUCAAUGCUGUUUUGUCUGUGUACAUUUUGUUCUCUGUAAUAUGUGCUGUGUAUUGAAAAUGAUGGAGCACUUUGUAUUAUCAUAAACAAAGUCAACAAGCCUUUAAUGAUUAAAGGGACUGGACCAGUU